AUUCCUUCGUUCAGUUACCCAGCCUUCCGGUUGCUAGGUAACACGUAGCAGAAGCUACGUCUGGGCUAACUAACGUAGCUAACGUCUGAGCCGUGCAUCUAACCCACUGAGAACGGCCUCCAGCCUAAUGAACUACACUUAUUACAUGUUAUCAUUAAGGGAGGCAGAGGACUAGCUCUACACGAGACACUGAGCAAGAGGGAGGGGAGCAAGACAUCGCUAGCUGCUAAGCUAAAGUACGGUAGCUAACGUUAGCAGAACUAAACAACGUGAAAAUAAGACUGUUGGAUUUUAGCGAUAAGAUGGCUCAGACUGGACGUUACUUCAGUUGAACUCUCGCGAGAGCUCCCGGGAAGCACGUUAGCCUCGCGGUGGCUGAUGGGACUUCACUACUUGUUAGCUGUUUGAGCAGCAGACGGGCCGCAGUCAGCUGGUUUAAAGGUGUUUAAAGGGGGGAAGAGGAAGAUGCUGCUGAGGAGGAAGAGGAGGGCCCUGUGAUCUGAAUGGCUGAUGUGGUUCUGCACUAUGAUCCUGGAUCCGCUGCUGGACUCAGCAGUCUGUUAGAGAGGACAGAGAGGCUCCUGGAGUCUUUCCCCUGCAGGACUCCACCGGUCUUCUCUCCGUGGUUCCCCGCCGCCGCCGACCGCCACCCGCCCAUCAGACCGGCCAGACCCGCUCCCGUCAUUGUCUGCCCGGCCGGUUCCCUCGUCCACCAGCCGCAGGAACCCGACGUUCCCGGCCCCGUUGCCGAAAGAUGUCACGACACGCCGGCGCCUGAAAAUUCCACGAAGCCCGAAGAUGGACCGCCAGAGAGGGCGGUCGCGGGACACAAAGAUGGCGCCUCCGUCACGAACUCGCCACUCAAACGCUCCUGGAGCGUGUUCUCGCAGAGAGUUCUGCAGACGGAGUCGCUGUCCAAACCGUUCCGGCACGCGGUCUCGGUGCACCGGCUCCACCUGCACCAGAGGGCCAAAUGGGUGAUUGGGCAGCACAACUGUGGCGAGGCCAGAGACAUCGAGCAGGUGUGGCGUGCCUUGAGCCGGUGCAGCCGGAGCUCCGGGCUGCCGACGUGCAACGCCAACAUCCGGCGUGAGCGGGUGGAGAUCUGGGUGUUCUGUGACGUGGUCCACUCGGAGCGGGUGGGCCGCUUCCUGAAGGAGGAGCUGCAGCUGUCGGGGGGAAUCGAACUGUCGGUCCACGGACGGGGGAACGUCUUCAUCUUGUAGGCGUGCUUCCAGAGCGCAGACCAACGCGUCCACGGGUUCAUAUUUAUAUUCAUAUACGUUCAACGUUCAACAAUUCUCAAAGUGCAGAAGCUCGCUGACAUUUUAUAGAAAUCUGCUUCUGCUUUUGUAUAUUUAUGAAUCUUUAAAACUAUAUUUAUUUAUUUUCAUACAGAUUUUCUCUGACGUAAAUAAAGGUUGAAUGUUUUUUAAUGAA